CAGGUCUUCCCCCAACCCAGGAGCAGAUGAAUCACGAAAAACUCCUCAAGAAUCGGAAGGGGAAGGGCGCCGCGGCCGACGCUGCCCUUGCCAAGGCCAAAACCGUCCAGGCAGCUGACUCCAACUCUUCCGCCUCCCAGGCCGAUCGUCGCACCGUGGAGGCGGAGCAGCACCUCAUUGCCACGGUGUUGGCACAAGGGUCCCAGGCCCCAGUCCUUGAUUCUGGCGUCCCCGAGGUUGUGGCGCCUCUGCAGGCCGUCCAUCCCCAGGAGGGGGAGAAAGCGGACAAAAAGUCCAUAAGGCCCAGGGGAACUGGUUCUUCGGCCCUUGAAGGGCAAGGGGUGAUCCUCCCCUCUCUCGGACGUCCGGCGCAUGACGUUUGGCAGGAGGUUGCCUCUCUGGCCGGCGUGGAGAUGCCUCCCCGCACGUCUUCGGAAGCCUCCAAUGCGGCCCUGGCCGCCGCUCUUCAGGUCGGGCUCUCCGUUCUGCAGUCUGAGGCUGCCCGAGAUGCCGAGGUCCUCCAGGCGAAGACCAAGGCAGAUGCUGCUCUGAAGAAGGCGAGAGAGGCCGCUCGUCUUCAGGAAAAGGAGCUUGCGGCCAAGGAUAAAGAAUUGCAGGCCGCCCUGAAGGUAGCCCGUGAGUCCUCCGCGAAGCUCGCGGUCCUCGAGAAGGCCGGGUUCAAGCUCGUCCCAGCUCUCCC